CCCCAAUCUGCUAGUCACCUUCGCGCUCUCCUAGGGGAAAGAAAGAGAAGAAGAAAAAGGAAGAAAAACUCCUUUUUCCAAUAUUCUUUCAAAUUCAAAACACACGCUAUCCAGGUCUAUCAGUUCCCACCCUGAGACUACCCCUAAAGUCUCCAUCCCCCGGCGCGUGCCAUCGCCCGUGCUUGCUCCCCCCCAAGGAGUCAAGGCUCAUCGUCGCCAUGAGGCAUGUUCCUUGGCCGAUUUGGUUUCGCGCUCUCCAGUAAAAGUUAAUACGCCUGUCAUGGCCCCAGGCUGGGCUUCUCCGCCUGCUCCUGGCGCCUUGUCGUUGAACACUACUUCCGCCGUCGCCUAUCAACCACACCAUCAAGGGACUGGUGACACCAGCGGCUGGCCAAGUCCUCCUCCCUCCGCUUCUUCCACAACCGCUCCCCCUCAUCCUCUCCCCUCGUUUACUUCUCCUACGACUACCACUUCCCCCGUGCGCAGGAAACCGCUUCCCCAGAAUGCGUCCGCUGUGAUACCCCUUCGCCGGUCCGAGUCCUCUUCUGGUUCCACUGCCUCCUUCCCCGGAGGCGUAUCGCCUGCAGAUCCUCCAAUCCCUGUCACGAGUACAUCUGACGUGAAGAAUCAUUCUCGGCCCACCUUGUCCCAGUCGUCUUUCUCGGUUCCAGAACAGGCGGACCCCUCCCUCUUUGUUCCCAGGGAUCUGGAUAGAUUUCCCCGUGCUGGACAAUCCGCGCCUCUUCGCAUCAACGCAACUACCUCUUUCAUUGAUUCGUCCGACGACGACGUUGACGUUGACGCAGAAUACGGCUCCCAAUUUACGGAUGGGGGGCCAGUGCAUAGUCGUCUCGUCAGCGAACCGUUUAUCCCGGUACUCAAAUCUCCCUCUAUGGUGCAGAAACGGGCAACGACCAUGCCCCUGCACCCACCGUCGAACCGACCCCCACCCCUCCACAUUGAUUCUGGAGGACGUUCCGUGUCCGGCCCUGUAGAUAGCAAACAACCAAAGACCCCCGGGCACAAGAUCAGCUCGUUCUUCGGCUGGCGAGCUACCAUUACUACGUCCCCCGGCGCAGAAUCCUCGAGCACUGAAGUCUCCGAUACUGGCCAUUCCCCACUUCCAUCCCCGUUGCCAGCUUCCUUACCUAGUGCGAUGACACCGUCAACGACGGUGCCUUUCGAUGCCUCCAAGGCCUUUCCGCCGCGGAACCCAUCCCUUAGCAGCUCCGUGAUGUUGGAACCUGCGUCCUCCUCCGCGCAUGCAGCCGAGCUCGAAAAUGAACUGCGGGAAAUCAGUGCCGAGUUGGCGGGUUCCAUCCGGCGAGAGAUGGAGCUGGAGGAUUUGGUAGAAAGGCUCCAGUCGGAAAUGCCUCUGGAAGGUAACCGCCGUACAAGUGACUAUUUCUCCGAUUCGGGCACCAGUUCCAUUCGCUUGGUAUACGAUGGGCGGAUCGACGACGUCGAAAAGUAUCGGCGGGCGUCGGAGCAGGAACGGGCUCAAUUGAAAGUAGAUCUGACGCAGAAAUGGCAUGAAGAGCGGGCGCGCCGGGCCGCAGCUGAGUCACAUGUACAAAUAUUAGAAUCACAAGUACAUCAGCUCCGACGAGAGAGAGUAGACCUCUCUGACAUAUCUUCUCGAUCAAAAGAACUCGAGGCUGCGUUGGAAGCUACUCGCAGAAAAUUGGCGGAAGAACGACAGAUCAAAGACAAUUUUGAAGACUUACUGACCGCCAUGCGAGUAGAGCUGGAGCAACUUCGAAAUGAACGGGACCAUCUCCGUGACCAUAUUAUUCCCGAACUGAAAAACAGUGGAGGGCCUGCGUCCGACGCCUCAGAGGUCCAGCGACUGCUGGAAGAGCUCGAAGCCCUGAAGAUUGAGAAUGCCGCGUUGGCACAGCUGCAGGGCGGUCGAUUCGCUACCAUAUCGGAGGAUGGAGGUACUCCCAACCGGAACUCCGGGGUAGGAUUGUCACGCUCGAGCUCAGUAGCUCGGAUGCACUCAAAGCCUACUGCUAUACGGACCGGACUAUCGCGCUCCAAUUCUCUGUCCCAGUCGAGUCCAGUGUCUGCCAAGGAGCGUGACACACGGGAAUCAAUGGCAGAUCGAAUGGAAAGUGUUGAGGCACAGCGCGAUGCGCUCCACCAAGCUCUCCGGCGCUUACUCGAUCGCCAAGCUUAUGAAGCCCGGGAAUACGAGAAGCGUACUCGACUCCUAGAGCUAGAACUUGCCCACGUACAGCAAUUGGGAUCCCCGCGAAGACUAGGUUAUGAGAGAGAGGUCCGUAACCUGAGAGAUGAAGUGAACCAUCUCCGACAGCGCGCCGACGAGGCGUUGGACCAGAAAUGGCAAUGUGAAAAGGGAUUGGCAGGAAUUAAGAUGGACCUUGACCGUGCUGAGCAGGAAACCACAUCCCUUCGGAUAUUGCUGCAGGAGCACGAUGUCACCAUCCCGGAUGACCUCGCGGCCGGCCAAGAAGGGUUUGCGGAGGUCCUGGCCACCUCGUCGUCAUUGGAGUCCGCAUAUAAGCAACUCCAGGCUGACCGGGAGCACGCUGAAGCAAGCGCCGCCCAGUCACCUCUGGAGGAGCAUGGCCAGUUAGCAGCCUCGGUCAGUCGAACGGAAAGCCUAGCGCAGCAUGUGCGCCAUCAGCUAGAGACAAAUAACGCGUUACGCAGCCGCCUAGCAAGCGCUAUUGGCAAAGGCGAGAAGGAGCAGCAGAUCUCAGCAGCUCGGAUCGACGAAAUGCAGGCACGGCUCAAGGAGUUGGAAGACACUCUCCUGAUGGCCCAGCAACAUGCCGAAGACGAAAUGGCCCGACAUGAAGAAGAGAUUCGCCAUAUGAAUGAAAGCCACAACGCUCAGUUGUUUCGAAUGAAGAACGGUGCCCGUAGCCCCGCCGGCUUGUCACCCAUACCGCCUUCCUCACCCUUCGGUGCACGCUCUCCCCGCCUAGAUAAGACCACCAGCGGUGAUGGAAUUUCGCUAAGCCAGGCGGUAAAGCCGGAGGCCCUGGAGCGACGAGUGAAGGAACUCGAGAGACUCCUCCGCGAUGCCGACACGGAGAUGGAAGAGGUUGUUAGCCGCAUGAACCGAGCACAGAUCGAAGUGGCUGAACUCCAGUCUGACCGGGACGAAGCCCUUCGUCAAACCCGGAAACUCCAGGCGGAGAUUCAGGCUGAGCGAGCAGCCUUUAAAGCCCUAGAGGGCUAAUUUAUUCCCUUCAAGAUCAUGUUACGCUAUUUAUCUUGUGUAUAUAUACUGAUGAUUCUGUCCCCUGGCGCUUGGUGUCGGUAUCGCGGCGUUACAUAGAGUCGCUAUUUCUCCUUUGGAGGCGCAUUGUAGCGACUGGUUUCUGUUUGGCCCAGACCGCAACUGUUUGGGCGUUGUGCAUAUUUGACGAUUUUUGUAUAUGGCCGAUUUUGAAUCCACGAGGGAUGUGGACAUGUAUAUAUUGCGAUCACGAUGUGAUCAAAUUUAAUUCAUAUAAGAUAGAGACGGGGGUUGGAAGAGUGAAAGCAAUAAAGUCAUUCCUGCAUGCAGAGUCAUAAUAUUAUCCCUUCCGUGUGUUUGUUUGGUUUGUUCCCAUAUUGAUUUCAAUGAUUUGCCUUGAUCUGGCCUCUUAAGGAAUGCACAUGUCUCACUUUCCUCAGACAUCCAACAACCAUGCUUCAGUGCUCCCAUAGCGGUGUUAGGAGGUUUUCGGCUCCUUUAUGAAGUGCUAGGUUAUUGCUAGAACGAGUUUGACCCUUCGGCUUCUCUAUCCCAUCGAAACCCAAGAUCACAUAGUUGAACGCCAUGGACUUCCUCCCCGGUAUGUUAUGAUAACAAUACACACCUGCCCAGAGUUAUCGCUAACGCCGGACAACAGAAUCCAUCAGAUCUCUGAUCCA